CAAUGGCCAUCUUCAAGACCAUCAGAGAACCCACACAGGUGAGAAACCAUUUGAAUGCUCAGAGUGUGGAAAGAGAUUCAGUAUGAGUGACAGUCUUCAAAAGCAUCAGAGAACCCACACAGGAGAGAAACCUUUUGAAUGCUCAGAGUGUGGAAAGAGAUUCAGUCAGAGUGGCAGUCUUCAGCAUCAUCAAAGGACCCAUACAGGGGAGAAACCUUUUGAAUGCUCAGAGUGUGGGAAAAGAUUCAGUAGAAGUGCCCAUCUUCAAAGUCAUCAAAGAAUUCACACAGGGGAGAAACCAUUUGCAUGCUCAGAGUGUGGUAAGAGAUUCAGUCAGAAUGACAGUCUACAACGGCAUCAAAGAUCCCACACAGGUGAAAAACCUUUUGAAUGCUCAGAGUGUGGAAAGAGAUUCAGUCAGAGUGGCAGUCUUCAACGGCAUCAAAGAUCCCACACAGGUGAGAAACCUUUUGAAUGCUCAGAGUGUGGAAAGAGAUUCAGUGAGAGUGGCAAUCUUCACCAACAUUGGAGAACCCACAGUGGCGAGAAACAUUUUGAAUGUUCAGAGUGUAGGAAGAGAUUCAGUACAAGUAAUCAUCUUCAAGAGCAUCAAAGAACCCACACAGGGGAAAAACCUUUCGAAUGCUCAUUGUGUGGAAAGAGAUUCAGUACAAAUGGCCAUCUUCAAGUGCAUCAGAGAACCCACACAGGGGAGAAACCUUUUGAAUGCUCAGAGUGUGGAAAGAGAUUCAGUGAAAGGAGCACUCUUCAAGACCAUCAAAGAACCCACACAGGGGAGAGACCUUUUGAAUGCUCAGAGUGUGGUAAGAGAUUCAGUCAGAGUGGCAAUCUUCAAGUGCAUCACAGAACUCACACAGGGGAGAAACCUUUUGAAUGCUCAGAGUGUGGAAAGAGAUUCAGUCAUAGUGCUGGUCUUCAGUAUCAUCAAAGGACCCACACAGGUGAGAAACCUUUUGAAUGCUCGGAGUGUGGAAAGAAAUUCCGUCAGAGGAGCAAUCUUCAAGUGCAUCAGAGAACUCACACAGGCGAGAAACCUUUUGAAUGUUCAGAGUGCGGAAAGAGAUUCAGUAUGAGUGGCCAUCUUCAAGUGCAUCAGAGAACCCACACAGGAGAGAAACAUUUGAAUGCUCAGAGCGUGGAAAGAGAUUCAGUAUGAGUGGCCAUCUUCAAGUGCAUCAGAGAUCGCACACAGGGGAGAAAUCUUUUGAAUGCGCAGCGUGCGGAAAGAGAUUCAGUUGGAGUGCCAGUCUUCAAGUGCAUCAGAGAACCCACACAGGAGAGAAACGUUUGAAUGCUCAGUGUGUGGAAAGAGAUUCAGUCUGAGUUUCAGCCUUCAAGUGAUUGCCAUGGAGGAGGAGAAAGAUAUUAGAUUUAUAUCCCGCCUUUCACUCUGAAUCUCUGAGUGGCUUACAAUCUCCUUUUACUUCCUCCCACACAAUAAGCACUGUGUGAAAUAGGUGGGACUGAGAGAGCUCUCUCAGAAGCCGCCCUUUCAAGGACAGCUCUGUGAAAGCCAUGGCUGAUCGAAAGCAGUUGGAAGUGGAGGAGUGGGGAAUCAUACCCGGUUCACUGAGAUAAGAGUCCACACACUGAAACACUACACCACACUGGCUGCAGAAGUGCUCCAUGGAUCUCUUGCUGCUAGCCAUUCAGAAAUUAUGUCACCCUCUCAUCUACAGCAAACGUUAGUCCACGUGCUGCAAGCAACUGCUUCAGUGCAAGUGUUGAAUUGUAGAACAUUGUAGUGCAGACUUUGAAUCUUGCAUAUGAAUAUAGUGUAGUCUUUGGUGUGUUAUAUAGUGUGAAGCUGACACAAUAUAUUGCUCUGCGUUAAAUACUAGAGAGGUUAUGCAUAAAGACGAAUUGAAAAGUCAGAGUCAA